GCCCCGCUGCUCGGCCCGGCUUUGAGGUUGCACGACAGAUGCGUACGGCCGCCAGGAGAGCCGCUCGGCGACGGGGUGGACACGGGAGGGGCGCAGACCCGCUCCCUGCGUGACCAGGACGCUCACUGACAUCGAGCCCAGCCUGCUGAUCAGAGCACCUUGGAAUAAAUGUGAGAUUUUGCACUGGCUGCAGCUGCCUUGGAAAGCCAUGGCUACUGCUCCUCAUCUGAACUCGGAUGCGCUCCGAGAGGUCCUGGAAUGUCCCAUUUGCAUGGAAUCCUUUACUGAGGAGCACCUGAGACCCAAGCUCUUACACUGCGGGCACACGAUCUGCAAACAGUGCUUGGAGAAACUCCUAGCAAACAGCAUUAAUGGGAUACGUUGCCCCUUUUGCAUCAAAAUCACACGGAUCACAAACUUAGCUCAGCUGACUGACAAUCUUACUGUGCUGAAGAUCAUAGACACCACAGGACUGAGCGAAGUGGUGGGUCUUCUCAUGUGCAAGGUUUGCGGGAGAAGGUUGCCUAGACACUUCUGCAAGAGCUGUAGCUUGGUUUUAUGUGAGCCAUGUAAGGAGACAUCACACAUGCCCCAAGGGCACAGUGUCAUUGCUAUCAAAGAGGCUGCUGAAGAACGGAGGAGGGAGUUUGGGACAAGGCUUGCCAGACUUCGGGAGCUCAUGGGGGAUCUGCAGAAAAGAAAAGCAUCUCUCGAGGGUGUCUCAAAAGACUUGCAAUCAAGAUACAAAGCAGUUCUGCAGGAUUACAGCAAAGAAGAGCGCAAGAUCCAGGAAGAACUGGCCAGGUCACGCAAGUUCUUCACCACCUCUUUGUCUGAAGUGGAGAAGGUAAAUAAUCAGGUAAUGGAGGAACAAGCUUAUCUGCUGAAUUUAGCAGAAGUGCAGAUAUUGUCUCGUUGUGACUAUUUUCUUGCCAAAAUAAAGCAAGGAGAUAUAGCUCUCUUGGAAGAGGCAGUAGAUGAGGAAGAGCCAGAACUGACCAACAGUCUCCCAAGGGAGCUGACGCUUCAAGAAGUUGAACUCCUUAAGGUGAGCCAUGUGGGACCACUGCAGAUUGGGCAGGUAGUGAAGAAACCUCGGACUGUUAAUAUGGAAGAGUCGCUCAUGGAAACUGCUGCAUCCUCAUCGGCAUCAUUUAGGGAGCCUGACUUGGUGCAAGACGAGGCCAGCUGCACACCAAAUUCCUCACCAGCAAAGCCAAGGAUGCCUGAAGCAGCAACCAGCAUCCAGCAGUGUCACUUCAUCAAGAAGAUGGGUUCCAAGGGUAGCCUGCCAGGGAUGUUCAAUCUCCCUGUCAGCCUCUAUGUCACUCUCCAAGGAGAGGUACUUGUGGCAGACCGCGGCAAUUUCCGAAUCCAGGUUUUUACCCGUAAAGGCUUUCUGAAAGAGAUUCGCCGGAGCCCUAGUGGAAUUGAUAGCUUUGUAUUAAGUUUCCUUGGAGCAGAUUUGCCCAAUUUGACUCCCCUUUCUGUCACCAUGAACUGCCAUGGCCUGAUAGGUGUGACUGACAGCUAUGAUAACUCUGUCAAGGUGUACACCAUGGAUGGCCAUUGUGUGGCAUGUCAUCGGAGCCAGCUAAGCAAGCCAUGGGGCAUCACAGCCCUGCCUUCUGGGCAGUUUGUAGUGACCGAUGUGGAAGGGGGAAAACUCUGGUGUUUCACAGUGGACCGUGGGGUUGGGGUAGUCAAGUACAGUUGCUUAUGUAGCGCAGUGCGCCCCAAGUUUGUCACUUGUGAUGCUGAAGGGACCAUAUACUUUACUCAAGGGCUGGGACUUAACCUGGAAAACCGCCAGUAUGAGCACCAUUUAGAAGGAGGCUUUUCAAUUGGCUCUGUGGGUCCGGAUGGGCAGCUGGGACGCCAGAUUAGCCACUUCUUCUCAGAGAAUGAGGAUUUCAGAUGCAUUGCUGGGAUGUGUGUAGAUGCCAGGGGAGACCUAAUUGUUGCUGACAGCAGCCGUAAAGAAAUUCUGCAUUUUCCUAAAGGAGGGGGCUAUAAUAUUUUAAUCCGGGAAGGACUCACCUGCCCAGUUGGUAUAGCCAUUACUCCCAAAGGGCAACUGUUAGUGCUGGACUGUUGGGAUCACUGCAUUAAGAUCUACAGUUACCACCUGAGAAGAUAUUCCACUCCCUAAAGGCGUUUCUCUAGGUAAAGCCCCUUUUGUCAUUUCACGUUCUUCCAGCCUCAUUGCAAUUUGCCAGAAACCAUUGUCAAACUUUCAGGUAGAUUGUGCCAUAAUCCAAGGGGGUUUGGCAUAGAGACCAUUAUAUUUUGUGUUUAGAAACAAAAUAGCUUAGGUGGUGAUGUUGUGGGUUGUUUUUUUUUUUUUUUUUAAUCUGUACAAUAAAAAAAGAACAAGCAUGAGGAAAAGAACGCUUUUGGAGUAUCAGUUCGGUGUUAAAUGACUGGUCACUCCAUAAACCUCUUUGCCUCCUUAUGCCACAUCUCUUACUUCAAGCUUCAACCAUUGUAUCUUUCUUUGUGCCAUAAACACUGACUGACUGCUCUAAAUCACUUUCCCUUAGAGAACUUAGAGAAGCAAUCCUCUUGCUGUGGUACUUGCUAGGAACUCGGUAGCAGUUGUCUGGGCAACUACUAGAGAAAGCAAUUUCUGAUUGCAGCACUGCAUAAAACAAAAUAGCCCUCUUAAACUGCACAAAGAUGGAGCUUUACUUUCAAACUGAAGAGCGAGGUUUUUCUCUCUCCAUUGUUCUGGUAUUCAGGAGAUCGCCCGUCGUGCCAUUUGUGAACCCUGUCUGUUCAAUGUGAAGUGAGUACAGUGCAAUCAUGGGAGACUGAGCUGAGCCAGAAAACUGCCCUCUGAUGGCAAUGGGAUUUUUAUUACUAUUCUACUAGUUAAAAGGGGGGUUAAAAAAAAAGAGGGUGGGGGUUGGGGGGAAAAAUAGGGUAAACCUACUGUUGGUAUUCACAGGUGUUUUAUUAUGAAAUGUAUCUUGGAAACUGUCUUUGGAAGGCAUGUUUGGUAUCUGAAGCUUCAUGUGGGAGGGGGGAGGAGAGGGAAGCAAUAGGGGAGUAAGGCUGGGAAACUGUAGUAAACAAGAUUAAAUGCAACAUACAGUGUAUUCACCUGCGCUUCACUAUCCUGCAUUCCAGACCACUGUAUUUCCUGAUAGGUUUUCACCCAUUUGCACUUUGCAUGUGAAAGCUACUUUCUCUUGAGAUGGGGAUAGGAGGGAUUCUUUCUCUCUCUCUCUCUUUUUUUUUUCUUUUUUUUUUUUAAAUACUUGGAAACACUUCCAUUGGUGCAUUGCCUUUUUCUCUUUGUACAGCAAAAUGCUACAUUCCUCAGCUUUUUUUAUGGUAGCAGCAGGCACCAGAGUUCAUGUUCAUCACGGCUUUGGGCCAAAUGAAGCACAAAACUGCAGCUGUGUGAACGAAGGCCCCUGCAGUGCUACUCUCCUGGCUGAUAAAUACGUACCUCAGUGUGGUGCUGCUCGCCUAGAAUAGUUUAUUGAAGAAAAAACACAUUUAAAUAGGACACAGUGGUAGAGUGUUAAUCUGCCACAGAUAAUAGUUAUACUGCAGUGCGUUUAUUUGUUGCUAUCAACAAUGUAGUUGCAAAUUUUGGGGCACGAUAGACAAUAUAAAAGCUGAUUUUAUAGCGGCUGCCAUGCUACAGCAAAUUGUUUGCUAUUUGUGCUACCACAUGUAUGCAACAGGUGAUUUUUUUUUUUAAGAUGAAAAAAAAAUUUUUUGUAGUGAAAAAGCAAAGUAAAACGGGCUUCAGAGCAGUAGCUACUCCAACCAACUGCUUGGCCCUUAGAGGGUUUCGGAACAAGCAGAACUCUUUUGGGUCGAUUUUUAUUCUCCCUCCCGUUCUGUUCAGCCAAAAAGGGCCAGCACAAAAAAAAGUCCAGCUGUGUGAUGGAGUUGCACCCUGACCAAAGUAACGUCCUAUUUCUGUUGCUGUAAUUUGCUGGACAAAGCUUGUGGAGCAGGUGCUAAGAGCGAAGUAUUAGCACAGUAGAUGGUGGAAGACACUGAGGGAGUCCAAGGGAAUUUAAAAAUUCCCCUUCUCUCCUCAGCUGCUCUGUGUAUUUACUAAAGCUACCAACCUCCACAUAAUUAUUUAUAUUCUCAGCUUUUCUCUUUUUGGGUGGGAGGGGGGAGUUGCCUAAGGUGUGUAACAGCAAUUUGGGCAGCCGAUCGCAUCUUGUAUGUAUGUUUUUGGGAGAUGACUACUGUUAUUGGGACCAUCUGCAGUUAAUUGCAUUGUAACUCAAGGCAUUUUUUCCAGUAUUAUGGUAAUGGCAGUUCCUCUCCUUCUGAUCUCCUUUAAACAUCUCCCCUGUUCCUAAGAACUGCUUCAAGCAGGAAGCUACCAUGGACCUGAAUAACUGAAGCAAUAUUAUCUAUGAUAAUAGGUACCUCUGUCACAUUCUGUUCCAAUGGAAUUUUUUUGCAAUAAACGCCACACUACUAGUCAGAAUGUUUCCUGGAGUGCUUAAACGGACAUAAAGCUGGCCCAGUAAACUGACUGUGCAGUUGGUUACCCCAGUCUAUUGCUGGUUACACAAUUUAAACAACACCUUUGUCGUCUGUUUCUCGCUCAGAGAUUCAGAGAAAAUAAUACCACUUUGUGAUGCUUUUGUGGGCCAAGGUACUGGGAUUGGUGCCUGUGUCUUUAGCCUACCGCUGUUGUUCUAUUCUUGGGUUUCAGGCAGAAAAAGGAAAGAGAAGAAAAAUUGUUGUCUUCAGCCUGGGGUGUGCACUUUCCCUGACAAAGCUGAACGGUGACUAUGAGAUGAUUUUGUAGUGCUGUAUUUCUUGCAGUGGUACCCCUACACAAUGUUGUGAUCAUCUGCCAAGUGAGAUGAAAUGGAGUAAUUAAGAACUGUGAUGAAGCAGUUUGGCUUCUGCUCUUUACCUGGAGAAGGAACGUGUCUGGUUAUAAGUAUGUGUUUGAUUUUUAAAGAUUGUGUAAUAAAGGAAAAAUUGAUCCAAUUACAAGUGCA